CUGAGCUGGUGAGUCCUGUCAGCGUACGCCAGAUGUUCAUUUCUAACCUGAGGAACCGUCCUUUGAGCCCCAGCCAGGUGGACUCUAUGAAAAAUCUGGUCCUCUCAUUAAACCACAACCUGGUUACGGGGACGAAGGCGUUUCCUUAUAUUGCCUUCAGGGGAUUCUUUAACAAACUGCUGCUGACGACACCUUUCACCCAUGUGCCAGAGAGUCAGUUGGAGAACACCACUCCAUCUCCUCCUACCAACUCACCAGCUGGUUUAAUGGUGCCGUCUGCAGGGUCCCACCUCCAUUCACGGUUCCUCACACCUCUGCUUCCAGAGAAGGCAGAUCUUUCUGUCCUGAAGGCAGAUCAGAGGAAUUGCGUCUGCACCCUGGAUGUCGACGGCGACACCAUCACCAGAGUCAUUUCCACUGUGUAUUGCACAGAGGAAAGGGAAAUGACAAAUCGAUGGAGAGUUACGGACUACACCUCUGACGGCAGAGUAAUCAUGUCGGUGCUCUGCCAGUUUCUGAAGAGGUUUACACAGGGUGCAAAGAGGAAGCCUGCAGAGGAGGAGAGCAGCAGCAGGAGCCCCACUCCACCAAGGAAACGUCUCCGGCUGUGAUCAGUAAUGAAGCCUUUCCUGGACAUAUGGAACAUGGAUGUUACAUAUGGAUGUUUCCUCGUGCUUUGGAGCAAACUUUCUAACUCCUCAUGUCUGCGCUGUGUCUGGAAAGGCUGGAAACACCUCUCCAUCUUACACAGAGACCAUCAUGAUGCGGCUAGUCUGAGGAGUUAUUUCUGUACAUAUGUAUAUAGUUUUU